AUUCCAACCAGGCAGAUUUUUUUUUACAUACUCCGGGAACAUCAAAGCCCUCAGAAACAGGAAGUUCUGGUGUAAUUUUCUACUCUGGGUGAAACUCAUUUUUAAUCGAGACUCUUUUCAAUGGAGCGCGGCUUUCAACGUGGGCGAAAAGUGCAGAUAAAUGGAGGUUGUGCCAGGCAGUCGGGACUUGGUCCGCGAAUAGGAACACACAAGACAUGGAGGAGGAGAACAGCUGCCGGUGUGACUACGAGGGAGGAGCGGAGGCAGAGGCAGAGUCAUGCCUUCUGUGCCAGAAGAGCCGACACAUUCAGCUCCAUAGGGAAAGGCACCGACGACGGAUGGCCCAGUUUGUGGCAGCGGCGCUCCUUCUGCUGCUUUGCGGAAUUCUGGCGGUAUUCCUUACGCUCAGACUAGAGAGGCCGUGCGACUGUGCUACUGACAGUCAGACCAAGUCUGAGUCUGACAGCCAGUCAUCAGGUGUUGCUGAAAAGCUGCAACAACCUCAAAGUGCACAGAGGCUUCCGAGCGCCAUGUUGACAGCUCCAUAUGGUAACAACACGAAUGGAAGAUAUCUUCUUUGGCAACACACAUUAGGGGAGGCGCACAUUGAUGGAGGUUUCAGUUACUCCAACGGGAGUCUGACGGUGCCCAGAAAGGGCCUCUACAGAGUCUUCCUGCAGGCCCUCUAUGAUGUUGAGAGCAGUGACUGUGGUGGUUCAACUUUCCUGGUGCUCUCUAGCUGGUUGUAUGUCUUCAGACAAGGUGAUGGAAAGGACCGACCGCUCCUGACAGCAGUGGAUACAGUGGCUUGCAAGCACACUGUAAAAAAAUCUCUCUUCACAUCUGGCAUAUUUAAGCUGGAUAUUAAUGACAAAUUACAUGUAACGUCUUCUCAUCCAAACCUUAUGCGUAAAAAUGAUUUCCAGUCAUUCUUUGGCGCUCAGCUCGUGUUCGAUGAUUGGUCAGUUAGUGGCUCCUGAGUCCAACGAUGCAGUUGCUUCAAUAAAGGUUGAACGCACCAGUGCAGGUUUAUACUUUAACUAGUCCACCUCUGUAGCGCCGAGUAGAACCUUCUCAGCAGCAGGUUAGCUUCCUUUCGACAUUUUCUUUUCACUAACAGCUGCCACAACACUGAUGCAAUUAAACUACACUAAUCAGUAACAAUUUAUUUGAAGUGUGCAUAACACUGACAUGACACUGUCUCAAACACAACACGACACCUGUUAUGGAGUCUUUAUGACUGCUGUCAUGAAGUGUCAGUUGGUAAAUAAUUGUACUAAAAAUAGAAUGUAAAAUCCAUUAAAAGUGUCAUUAUUUACCAAACGACACUUCGUGACCAUAACCAUUCAUGUUCGUAACUGGUGUUACGAAUAAAGCGUUACCCACUAAUCUAAUAUGUCAACUUUACAGCGCAUUCCAUUCUGUGUUAAAUCUCCUACUAUAUUUUAUAUUUUACAUUUAUUAUAUCACAUAUUAUGCUGGGAUAAAAUAUUUUUCUGUUUCUAGAAAGCUUUUAAUUUAUUCUAAUUUAACAUAAAGGGACAUGUAUUAUUGGGCUUGCAUCAGGCUGGGAGUUAUUUUAUUUUGUUUUUUUUGUUAUUGUUUACUAUAAGUCUGGAGUCUUGAAGUGACUCACUGGCCACUUGUCAUGAAGCAAGUAGCCAAGGGGGAUUUGUUUUUGCCUUGUACACGUGGUGAAUGUCUCAUUAAGCAUUCAUUUUUAUGACAUGAUUUAUGACAAGCAUGACUUUGUUUAUUUUUAGUAGCAAAUGUGUACAAAUAAAUUAAUUGCAUAAAUCUGA